GCCACGCGUCAAAUUAAGAUGGAGGUUGUGAAUAAGGUCUAUCAACUACAACAGACUGCUGUUCAAUUCCAGGUUGAAUGUGUGGAAGCACUUCCGGGUGGUUGCUGGGCCAGAGACGGUGGGAUCAUGGCUGCUGACGGGUUGCAGGAGCAGGUUUUAAAGCUGCAGACUCGCUUGUCAGAGGCUCAGGAACCGAAGAAGAUCCUGAAGACCUUGAAGCGCUUGAAUGAACUUCCUAUCACUGUGGAUAUUUUAGCUGAUACAGGAAUUGGGAAAACUGUGAAUGGAUUCAGGAAGCAUGAUGUGGUUGGAGAUUAUGCCAAGAACUUAGUCUCUAAGUGGAAGAAGCUGGUACCCCAGGAAGUAGAACGAUCCACCAAUACAUUGGACGAGCGAGAAUUUAGUUAUAAUAAAGGAGUAUCUAGAAAGAGACACCGGGACCCUCCUUCAGAAGAUGAUUAUGGACAAACAUUCCAGACCCUUCCUAGAGAGUCCAGUGAACCAAACUAUGAACAUAUUCAAGGGAAAAGGAGACACUUAUUGGAGAGUGAGAAAUCUUUCAGGUCUGGUAGCUAUAGCUACCAGUCUUCAAAAUCCAAUUUUAAAGAGGAGGCAGAGAGAUGGACUAAAUCUCCUCCUGUGGAGGACUAUGAUGAGGAAAAUGACUAUUCUGAGGAAGAUGUUGAACAGCCUAUGCAGCCAUCAAAAAGCUUCCAUAAAGCUCCUCGGGACCACCACAGCUCAGAGGUGGAAGUGAACACAGGAUGUGACAGGGAACAUAAGUCUUUGCACAAGGAAAAGCAGCAAUCAGCUACAAAAGAUGAAGAAAAAUAUAAAUUUUCCUCACUCCAAAUGCAAGAUAAAAUAAGAUCUUCCUUAAAGGAACAGCAUAAUCAUAGGGAUCGAGGAGAGUUUGCUUCAAUAAGUUCCAGUCAUAAGAAAAUUCGCCAGCAACCUGAGGAAACUUUAGAAUGUAAAAAAUAUAAGCACAGAGACUCAGACAAACGAAAACCUGAUCAUGAAGAACCAAGGAAUACAUCGGAAAAACCCAAAGAGAAACCUACAUCAAGUAAACAGAGAGAACAGUCAGAUUCAAAAAAAUCAAGGCCUACAGAAAAGCAUCAGUCUGUUUCUUUCCCUAAGGACUCUACUAAACCAGAAGCAGCUGAUGACUUUGAAGAACCGACAAUGUCAUUUGAGUCUUACCUAAUCUAUGACCAGCCACAGAAAAAAAAGAAAAAGGUUAACAGACCUGUUGAGAAAGUUAAAGAGACUCGGCCGGAUAAAUCCAAAGGGUCAGAUAAACUUGUGUCAAAAUCAGGUUCUAAAAGCUCAGACUCCUCUUGUAGAGAGAAGAAUGUUGAGGAAAAGAAGAAAUCCAAACGGCACAUUGAGGAAGUGCCUAGUGUUAAACCCAGAAAGAUGAUGAUUGAUGUAGUACCUGUAUUACCAGAUAUCCCAUUGCCACUCAUCCAACCCAACUACAGACCCCUUCCUUCAAUGGACAUGACCCCAUUAUCACCACCAAAAAGGAAAGCUGUGUCUGUUCUAUCCGAGGAGGAUCUGGGAUUUACUGGUCGCCGGUUUAACUCAAAGAUGCAGGUGUAUUCCGGAUCAAAGACUGUCUACCUCCCAAAGAUGAUGUCACUGUAUGAACAGUGUAUUCGGGUUUUACAAAACAACGUGGAUUCUAUUCAUGAAGUUGGAGGAGUGCCAUUUGAAAUUUUAGAACCUGUGCUGGAACGAUGUACCCCUGAACAGCUAUAUCGGAUUGAGGACUGCAAUCCGACUUUUGUUGAAGAAACUGAUCACCUGUGGCUGAGACACUGUAAACGAGAUUUUAAGAACCAGGACCGACAAGAGUUUGAGUCAUGGCGUGAAAUGUAUCUACGUCUUCACGAUGAGCGAGAGCAGAAACUGCGAGCUAUAACACAAAGCAUUAGUUCAGCACAUGCCAGCAAACCAAAGGGCCGACAAGCAAAGCUGGCCUUUUUAAAUACUGAAGUAAAGCCACCCAGAGAUGUAAGGCGCAGACAGGAGAAGCAUGGAACUGGAGUAUCGAUUUCAGCACCUCCGAGGAUAAAGAUGCAAAGUCAAGUAGGAAGCAGUGGCAGUGGAGGAGGCAAUCAGUCCUUUGAUGGUCCUAGUACUAGCCAUGGCUCCACAUCAUCCAGUCUGACACCCCCCAAUAGUGGAGGAGGACUCCAUGAAUCCAAGAAACCCCAGGUCAAAAAAAUUGCACCAAUGAUGGCAAAAACAAUAAAGUUUUUCAAGAACCGUUUUAGUCGAAGAUAAAAUGUGUGUGAAAGACAGAAGGAACAGUAACAUCACCCCCACUCUUUGAAUAGUGAUGUAUCUACUGGUCCUAUUCUGAGCCAUUUUGCGUGCUCAAGAACAUAAGGGUACAAAUUGCAAUACCAAGAACUGAAAGACAGUUUGUGUGCUUGAAAUGAUGUCUAUGGAUUACAUCUUAUUUUUAAAAAUAUUUUAUUAUUUUACAUUUAGAAGCGAAAAUGUAAGCUCUUGUUACUGGGCACUGAGUGUUUUAUUUCCCCUCUAGAAUAUUCAUGUGUAAAUAACACUUGGGCCUGUCUUGUUGCACAAAAUUUAAUCAUUAUAUUUUCCAAAUCCUUUACAUUUUUAAAUUGUCAUCAUAAAGACAUGUUGAUUUUAAUGAUGAUGAAUUUGAGGCCUAGACAAUAUUAAUGUUGCAGUAUUGGUUUUAAUGUUCUUUCCCAUUGUUCUCUUUCUAUCUCUUUUACUAUUGUGCCAAUCUUUUCGCAUCUCAUGCUCUACAGCGGUUUUGGCAUUUUAACAUCGGUUGCCUCAUUUGGGUAGGAUUCAUGGAUCGUAAAUUACAUUAACAUUGUAGGAAAAGAAAUGCAGUCACAGAAAUAAUUCGUGCCAUCUUGACUUCUGUUUUGUGGUAAUAUUAUUUCUCCUAAUAAAGUCCUGGUGCUAAAAGUAAA